AUGAACCCCCGCUCUCCUCCAGCCCGCCCUCACAUUGGCAUACACUCGUCUUAUUUCCCAACAGCGGGCGAUUGGGGUGAAGAUGAUGCUUGGGACAGUGCAUCGGACUCAGAGUCUCCCCGUCAAUCAACUAUAGCCAACACCUGGGGUCGGCCAACCACUUCUCAAGCAAUAGCGGCGCCGAAGAAGAAUACAAGGGCUUCCUCCAACUCGUCUUCGCUUGCUUUCUCCUACACUCAUAUAUCCGCGCCUAAUGCAAGCUCGUAUCCACCUAAGUCAGAAGUGCUUCCGGCAGAGGCACCGCCCAAAAAUGGUGCCGGUUGGACAAUAGUUCGAACAACACACAGUCGGAAAGGCAGUGAAGUAAAGCUCGACCAGCAACCUGCGAAACAUGAUGCCGAGUUUGAUCAAGACACUGGUGCUGGGGAUGUAGAUGUUGAGGGUGAUAUGAUCUUGGGCGAUCUCGAGCCAGAAACUACGUCUGAUGCAAAAGCAUCAACUGCAUCUGUCGCCUCGUAUUCUCAUACAAGAUCUACGUUAUCUAACUCCAGCUCUAUUCGCCCGGACGUCGAAGCUAUUGCUACCGAUCCACUCAAUGGCAUCCUGGAUCGCAGUCGGCAAAGAGGGCCUUCCCCAGUCCCCUCUGAAAAUGUGAAGGACAUAAAGUCGCGUCCUGAUAAAGCUGAGAAACUCAUGCGGGAAAGGUCGAUAAAGACGAAUCGCAAACAUAAAUUCAUCGAAUGUCUAUCCGCGCAAGAUGUCAACAUUGGAGAGUUAAGGAAACUCGGCUGGGCUGGCAUCCCUUCCGACCUUCGUCCAAUGGCCUGGCAGCUCUUACUCGGGUACCUCCCACUACCAACCACCCUCCGCUCAUCCACACUUACUCGAAAACGUGGCGAAUAUCAAAACAUGGUCGACCUCGCUUUUGCACGAGGGAAGGAAGGACUCGACCAGCAAAUAUGGCAUCAAAUAGAGAUUGACGUCCCCAGAACGCGUCCUGGAGUGCGACUGUGGAUGCAUGCUGCGACACAGAGGAGUCUGGAGCGGAUACUAUACGUUUGGGCAAUAAGACACCCCGCGAGUGGUUACGUGCAGGGCAUCAAUGAUCUUGUGACGCCUUUCUUUCAAGUCUUCUUGUCAGCCUAUAUCGAUUCCAAUCCUGAAGACUUCAAUCCCUCCUUACUUCCUCCCAAUAUCCUCGCUGCAGUCGAAGCCGACUCGUUUUGGUGUCUUUCCCGACUACUCGACGGUAUACAGGACAACUAUAUUAUCGCCCAACCUGGUAUCCAGCGGAGUGUACGGAGGAUGGCCGAGCUUGUUGCACGUAUAGAUGCCCCACUUUCGGCCCACCUUGACUCGCAAAAUGUUGAAUUUAUGCAAUUCGCAUUCCGAUGGAUGAACUGCUUACUCAUGCGGGAAAUAAGCGUGGAGAAUACCAUCCGGAUGUGGGAUACAUAUCUCGCUGAGGGUCCAGACGCGUUUUCACAGUUCCAUCUGUAUGUCUGCUCGGCAUUUCUCGUACGCUGGAGUGACAAGCUUCGAAAAAUGGACUUUCAGGGCAUCAUCAUGUUCCUACAAUCUCUACCAACGCAGGACUGGGGCGAUCACGAGAUUGAGAUGCUCCUCAGCGAAGCAUUCGUGCUCAACCAAGUAUGGCACAACGCCCAAAGUCAUUUCAACGCCAAGUGA